AUGGCCUACAACUUCGUCCGCUCUUACAUAGAUACCUUCCGCGAGCGAACCGCCGCCAUCAGCCACACCUCAACUUUCCGCGAGACGGGUCAGAUUACGCCAGAAGAGUUCGUGCUUGCAGGCGACUUCCUUGUCUUCAAGUUCCCUUCGUGGCAGUGGGCCGAUGCUUCGUCACCCGCAAAGCGCGUCGCUUAUCUGCCCGAAGGCAAACAGUUUCUGGUAACGCGCGGCGUGCCCUGUCAUCGUCGGUUGGACGACAACUUUGCUGGCGAAGCUGGGCAGGAUGAAACAAUCGUUCGUGACGGAUUUGCUGCUGGGGAAGGCGCGACCGACGAUGAUGGCUGGCUUCGGACUGGUGGCAUGGCAGCAAGCCAGGAGGCAAAGGUGCGCGACGUACGGACAGUCGACGAGAGCGGCAACCUGGGCGCAGCUGAAGAGGAUGAUGAGAUCCCAGACAUGGAGGAUGAUGAAGACGACGAGGAGGCGAUUAUAAGAGAUCCGCAGGCUGGCUCAGGCACCAAAGCUCCUCUGCGAACGUACACGCUCUACAUCACUUACUCGGCCCACUACCGUACACCUCGAUUAUACCUGUCCGGAUACGGCUCAACUUCAGUACCGUUAAAGCCGCAAGAGAUGAUGGAGGACAUUGUGGGAGACUACAAGGACAAGACCGUCACCAUAGAGGACUUUCCUUUCUUCGAGCACGCACUGAAGACUGCUUCAGUACAUCCCUGUAAACAUGCUUCCGUCAUGAAGGUGCUGCUUGAUCGCGCGGACGCUGCGCUCAAGCUACGGCUUACCAAGCUCAAGGCAGGCAAGGAUGUCAGCAAAAUCGACAGUGGCAUGGAAGGUCUUGUGGACGAUACGCGGCUACUCAAGUUGACUGAACAAUCGAAGAACAAAGACGGCGAUGAGGGUAAAGACGACUGGGAGGUGCUUAGUGAAGGUGGUGACGAUAAGGUCGCUAUCCGAGUCGACCAAUAUCUCGUUGUCUUCCUAAAGUUCAUGGCUAGUGUCACACCCGGCAUAGAACACGAUUUUACCAUGGGUGUAUGA